GGAGGGCAGGCCCCGCGCGGUCCCGCCCAGAGGAGCUGCCCGAGGCUGGCGGCGGAGCUGUCGCCCGGCGGCCUCGCAGAUGUUCCCCGUCCCCCUCCUCCUCCCCCUCCUCCUCGCCCCCGGCAGCGCCACGGUCGCCCCGGGGGUCACAGCCCGCACGCUCGCUCCCUGCUACUCGGCCGACCUGCGCCCGGCCGCGGGCAGCCUGGUGUCGGCCGUGGGCUGCACCGUGCUGCUGACGGCCCCGGCGCUGCGGGGCAGCAGGGCCGUGUCCUGGGAAUACCGAGCGGGCUCGGAGGACGGGGUCAUCCUCAGCUAUGGCUUCCAUCACCCCCCCAACGUGUCCCACCUCUACGAGAAACGCGUGACGUUCAAUGAGUCCAACCUGUCGCUGCAGGUGGUGCUGCAGCGUGGGGACAGCCGCCUCUACCGCCUCAGGGCCCUGGAGGAGGCCACCACCUGGUUCCAUCUGCACGUUGUAGAGCCACUGUCCCAGCCAAAAAUUGUGGGCAACUCUUGGGUGGAGGCAGGAAGCAACACCAAACUGGUUUGCAACGUGCUGCAAGGAAAGGCAGAUGCCUACUGGUGGAUGAAAAAUGGGGUGCUGCUCGUGGAAAGUGAGCGCAUCCAGUUUGUGGAGAACACAACGCUCUGCAUCCUGCGGGCGUCCAUCAGUGACAGCGGCUACUACACCUGCAUAGUGAGCAACGCCGUGAGCCAGAACGAGACCUCCUUCCUGCUCAAGGUCCACCACUAUACCAAUGUGGUGCUGCCUGUGAUGCUGACCUGUGUCGUCAUCGGCUCGCUCGCAGGUGUUUUCGUCUGGUACCAGAGAAGGGAGGACUCAUGUGACAACUGUUGUAGAACUGGGUCAGUCCUGCUGUAGCCCUUUCCAGGUGAUGGAUACUGCUGGGAGUGCCAGGUAUCCCAUCCCAUCCCAUCCCAGCCUCUCCUGGGCUCACCUGUGAUGUGUUCAAGCUGCCAGGACCUGCAAAUAUUUUUUUUUAAACACUGGUUUGGACUAUUUAUAUGUUGUCCUGCUCUUCCUGUUGUGCAUCUUUGGGGGGAGGGAUGUACCUGCUCCCUCCCUCCAUCCUCCUGGCUUCCUCUGGAGGCUCUGGAAAGAGCCACUGUUCCUGCUGGGCAAAUCCACAGUCGUGGGGCUGCUGGGAGGUGCCCCAGUGCCAGCCCUGCCUCCCUGGGGCCUCCCGGUGCCCUGCUGUGCCAGGGGUUUGCCAGGGGGCUCGGGGGCUGAGGCUCUGGGCAUCCUGCUCCGUGUGACCCUUGGAGGGAGGAGAAGGGCCAGGAUUGUGCUGGGUGUGCAGCCAGGAGGCAGCAGGAGCUGGCAGGGAGUGGGGGAGCAGCAAAGGAGCUCCGUUUCUGAGAGCAGAUCCCAAGGAGCAGCAGGCUGAGGUGGGGAUGCUCAGGAGCCCAACUUCUCCAGCCCUGGGCUCUGCAGGAUCUGGGGACAUCCUGGGGACAUCCCCUCCUCUUCCCAGCACCAGUGCUGCUGCCAGCUUGUCCUUCCUGUUUGCUGCUCCUGCGGGUGACAACAGCCUCAGCCUGGCUGGAUACAGGGAGCCCUGCUCCUGUCCCCUCCUCCUGUCCUCUCCUGUCCCCUGCUGUCCUCUCCCUCCCCGUGCUGCCUCUGCAGGGCCCUCCUGGGCUUUGCUGUGGAGGGGAUAUUACUCCUUCAGCUGAGCCAGGAGGCAGAGCAGGAUCCCCAGCCUGGAGAGGAGUGGAUGCUACCCCAGGUGCUGGACCCCACUGUUGGUCACCUCAGGACAUUUGCACCCCCUUUUAAUCUGAGGGGGAAAUCCCAGGUGCAGGGCCCUCCCUGAGCCAGUCCCCAGCACUCUGGAGCAGGCUGGGGACCUCUCAAAGGCAAACUGGAAAAUUGUGGGAGGGAUCUCUGCAGGAUUCAGGGGCUGUUAGCAAGGGGCCAUCUCAGCCUGGGGCUUCGUGGAACCAUUAAAGGAAGCAGAGGGGUUUGGGUGGAAUCAGUGAGAUUCUAACCCUGUUGGAAGCUGCAGGGCAGGUUGUCAGGUUCUCUGUUGCACUUGAGGGUGUAAAACGUAGCCACACCUUUUACAAGAAAUACUUUUCUAAGCGUUUUGGGGAGUUGUCUGUGACUGGUUUUGGAGAUUUUGUGUUUUGUUGAUGUCUGUUGCUGCUAAUAAAGAGUGUAUGUUAUCCCA